AUGGCUUCCUCGUUGUCGCCGGAGCAGUAUGGAGGUCAUCAGUCUCAAAGCUCGCCUGAAGGCACAGGCAUCGGCGCGCAAGAGAUGAACACCGCAGCGCCCCUCAAUGUUGGCUUCUUCAAAUCGCUUGCGGACAAGAGAGCCACUCGCGAUACCAAUCCACCCAAGCGGCGAGGUCCCAAGCCCGACAGCAAGCCAGCUCUCACAAGGAGGCAGGAACUGAACCGACAAGCCCAGCGGACCCAUCGUGAAAGAAAAGAGCAUUAUAUCAAAGCACUGGAGGACGAGGUCCUGCGACUAAAGGAGCUAUACAGCACCAUAUCUCAAGACAAGAACAAGCUGGCAGAGGAGAACAAACAGCUCAGAGAGGCACUCGCACAGCACGGCAUCCCAUACCUGGGCGGCGGCCAGGACGAUCUGUCAAGCAACCCGAGCUAUAGCCAUCUUUCGGGCACGAGUCCCGGAAACAGCUAUGCCACGGCAUCGCACACCACGUUCUCGCCGUCUACCGCGCCGUCGGUCGUGUCUUCGGGCUAUGCCAGCACCCUUCAGCCAAUGACGGGGGAUCAAAUGCGCGGUAUGGCGCACUCGUCGAACGGCAAGGGCGUUGAUAUCGACCAAGCAGGCAUUGACUUCGUCUUAGCGCUCGAGAAGCCGUGCAUGCAGCACAUGCCAUUCCUCCUUGAGAGUGCCGCCGAUGCAGACGGUGGCCCUUGCGGCCAUGCACUUAUGGCGUCGUGUCCGUCGGCGCCGUUCGCCAACCUGACGACAGACACACCGUUUGGGAACACGUACACGCACGACCAAGGAGACGGAGCCAGGCCGGGUCAAGGAACCUGGGAGCUAAGCAAGGCAGGCCUGGCCGCGCUUCUCGACCUCAGCAAGAAGCUGGAUCUGGAUGGCGAGAUUACUCCAGUCAUGGCUUGGGGCAUGGUACUCGGCAACCCGAGGUUCGCCGAGCUGAGGCCAGAGGACUUGCAUAAGCUGGCAGAGGAUUUGGGCAGGAAAGUCAGAUGCUACGGAUUUGGGGCAGUGUUGGAAGAAUUCGAGCUGCGUGACGCCUUUGAAAGCAUUUUGCCCUGCGAGCCGGAGACGAUGGUCUUCUAG